AUGGUUGUUAUUAGUGUGUUUCUGCUGCUUGUAAUCAGUGGAAUAUCAGGUAAUUAUUUGCGCUCAGAAGUGUUCGUUGCUUUUCGCGUUUCAUUCAAUCAACCGAAACUGUGUCCGACAGUACAAUGGAAUCGAACUGCCACCACUUUUAUGAACAGAAUUGUGGUUCAGAAUAACGGUCCUCAAAUUUUUAUUGAUACCAACAAUACUAUUUAUGUGGCUACGGAUGCAAAAAAACAAAUCUUGAUUUGGCAUGAAAAUAGCACUGAUCCAAUUAUAAUCGAAGAAGAAAAAUGGCCAGUGAUCUCAUCUAUAUUUGUUUCCAACAAGGGAGACAUUUAUAUCAGUUUUGAUAGCAGCAAAAUUAUCAAAUGGGCACAAAGUAAUAACAAUUCUGUUGAUAUUCCAGACUUUGAGGACAACUGUGUUUAUAUUUUCAUCGAUGUUAAUAAUUAUUUAUAUUGUUCAGCAAUUCGGUCUCAUACAGUAAUGAAAAGAUCAUUAGACGAUGAGAAGAUGGCAAUGGUUGUAGCUGGUACAGGCCAUCAGGGCUCCGGCCCAGAUAAUCUCUUUGUUCCUAGAGGAAUCUUUGUUGAUACAAAUCUCGAUUUAUAUGUGGCAGAUCACUUCAACCAUCGAAUUCAACAAUUUUCGUUUCGUGAAAAAAAUGCAAAAACAGUGGCAGGAGCGAGUUCAUCAGAUAUCACAAUUCCACUCAUUUAUCCAGAGUCGAUUUUAUUAGAUGCUGACAAAUAUCUCUUCAUUGUGGAUAAUGACAAUCAUAAUAUUGUUGCAUCUGGACCAAAUGGAUUUCGCCGCUUAUUUGGGCGCGAUGGAUAUGGCGAAGAAUCUCAUCAAUUCAUUUGGUCCGCAAUUUUUAGUUUUGAUGUCUAUGGAAACAUAUUUGUUGUUGAUCGCAUGAAUUAUCGACCUCAAAAAUUUCAUAAGCAGAAAGAUUCUUGUCACGAUGUCCCACUAUUACCUCAAGCACUUUAUUCGUCGAUCUUGACAGAAAAUCACGCAAUGUAUUCUCGAACUCUAUUGCCUCAUCCACGUUAUCACUUGGAAGUCAUUAAAGUAUUGGUUAAUAAAACUGACUUCUACAUCCUGACUGCUACUAGCAGUGUUGAUCUCUACGGUCAUCUGUACAAGCAUGAUUUUGAUCGAUACAAUCCUACACAUAACUUGAUUGCAUGGCAUGGUCAAUGUUGCAACCAAGAUCAGUUCAGAUUCACAGUUGAACUUGUUGUCAACACGACAUACAUCUUGGUUGUAACAACAUACAAUCCAAAUGUGACAGGCCCAUUCUCGGUGACGAUACUCGGUUCAAACAAAGUUCGUCUUGAAUGCAUCAAUGUGAGCCAAUCCGUCGAAUCAAUCUACACAUCUGAACUGACACAACAACAUGACGAAUAUUUUCCUCAUCCUUGCGACAUAAUGAUUCCUGGCUUUUACGAAGCAAUAGAAAUGAAUCGGGACAUUUAUAUCAGUUUUGAUAGCAGCAAAAUCAUCAAAUGGACACAAAGUAAUAACAAUUUUACUGAUAUUCCAGACUUUGAAGACAACUGUGUUUAUAUUUUCAUCGAUGUUAAUAAUUAUUUAUAUUGUUCAGCAAUUCGGUCUCAUACAGUAAUGAAAAGAUCAUUAGACGAUGAGAAGAUGGCAAUGGUUGUAGCUGGUACAGGCAAUCAGGGCUCCGGCCCAGGUAAUCUCUUUGUUCCUAGAGGAAUCUUUGUUGAUACAAAUCUCGAUUUAUAUGUGGCAGAUCACUUCAACCAUCGAAUUCAACGAUUUUCGUUUCGUGAAAAAAAUGCAAAAACAGUGGCAGGAGCGAGUUCAUCAGAUAUCACAAUUCCACUCAAUUAUCCAGAGUCGAUUUUAUUAGAUGCUGACAAAUAUCUCUUCAUUGUGGAUCGUGACAAUCAUGAUAUUGUUGCGUCUGGACCAAAUGGAUUUCGCCGCUUAUUUGGGCGUGAUGGAUAUGGCGAAGAAUCUCAUCAAUUCAUUUGGUCCACAAUUUUUAGUUUUGAUGUCUAUGGAAACAUAUUUGUUGUCGAUCGCAUGAAUUAUCGACCUCAAAAAUUUCAUAAGCAGAAAGAUUCUUGUCUUGACUUUCAAAUGUUUCUUUUUUUUCAUUUAGACGAUGUCCCACUAUUACCUCAAGCACUUUAUUCGUCGAUCUUGACGGAAAAUCACGCAAUGUAUUCUCGAACUCUAUUUCCUCAUCCACGUUAUCACUUGGAAGUCAUUAAAGUAUUUGUUAAUAAAACUGACUUCUACAUCCUGACUGCUACUAGCAGUGUUGAUCUCUAUGGUCAUCUGUACAAGCAUCAUUUUGAUCGAUACAAUCCUACACAUAAUUUGAUUGCAUGGCAUGGUCAAUGUUGCAACCAAGAUCAGUUCAGAUUCACAGUUGAACUUGUUGUCAACACGACAUACAUCUUGGUUGUAACAACAUACAAUCCAAAUGUGACAGGUCCAUUCUCGGUGACGAUACUCGGUUCAAACAAAGUUCGUCUUGAAUGCAUCAAUGUGAACCAAUCCGUCGAAUCAAUCUACACAUCUGAACUGACACAACAGCAUGACGAAUAUUUUCCUCAUCCUUGCGACAUAAUGAUUCCUGGCUUUUACGAAGCAAUAGAAAUGAAUGUGAGUGAGAGUGGUUUGUAUACUGUUAUGAACAACGUUGAAGACAUGAACACAAGCAUCUCAAUUCGUAUCUAUAAACAUGAUUUUUAUAAAUUCAUUGCAAUCGAUUAUUUAUUCAAAAGACACGAUGUUUGCCAGGAUCAUAGUCAACGUCAAAUCACCGUCGACUUUCUAUCUAACAUUCGAUACGUCUUGGUUGUAACAACAUGUUCGUGGAACAUAAUUGGGAAGUUCUCGUUCAAAAUCAUCGGCAGAAAGAAUGUCAGUCUCCGGCUUUUAAAUGCUUCAUCAGCUGCUCGCUCGAGUUAUUCAUCUGAACUAACGAACGCUAGUCAACAGUAUCAUAAAGAUUGUGAUCAAAACGCUUUUUUCUAUGAAACUUUACGACUGACCGUACCCACCGAUGCAUUCUAUGGCUUGUCAUUUAGAAAUAGUCCUUUUAUACAAUUGUACGUCUAUAAAAGUCAUUUUGAUCCAUUGAACCCACAUGACAAUUCAAUUUCCAUCAAUCAACUCAAUUGCACUACCGAUAACGCGAAGAUAAAACGUACAAUUCAUCUUCAGCCUAAUAGUGUGUACAUAUUACUUGUGACAACUCUUUAUCCAACGCAGGAAACACAGUUCUCAAUCGAUAUAUAUGGUCCGACAAAUGUUACUUUGGAACGUAUUGUCGACAACUCGACAUAUUGUUAUGUCGGUGGCUCAUGUAACACUCAAGUAAAAAGUAUUGGUCUCACUCUCGACGAUAUCCUACGACUACAAGUCAAUCGAAACGUGACAAUACAAGAUCAACCACUUCUCAUCAAAGUCACUGCUGCUCUCUCAGUCAUCAUGUUUGUGGCAGGUGUCAUCAAUAGUGCUUGUUCCAUUUUGACUUUUCAAAAUGUGAAGUCACAAACAGUUGGCUGUGGUUUGUACCUUCUUGCGUCGUCGGUUACUUCUCUUGUAACAAUCAUUUUGUUCACAGUCAAGUUUUGGUUUGUCGUUGUGACACAAAUGGAUCUGUCUGUUCGUCUGUCCGUUGUUGAAGGUGGAUGUAAGUCGAUUGAAACUCUUCUCAAGUUAUUCUUCUAUUGGGAUGCUUGGCUGAAUGCAUGUGUGGCAGUGGAACGUGGAAUGAGUGUUUACAAAGGAGUGAGUUUUGACAAGGAAAAGAGUAAGCGCUUUGCUCGAUGGAUCAUCUUCAUCUUACCGAUUAUGAUUGUGGGGACGGUUAUUCAUGAAUCAAUACAUCGCAAAAUGUUCAAACAUGAAGUAAAACAACGGAAGUGGUACAGCGAAAACUAUAACAUUGACGAAGAUAUCGAGAUAGGUACUUACACCUGGUGCAUAACUUCAUAUUCUCAAUGGCUUCAAGGUUACAACACAGCCGUUCUCUUCAUUCAUCUGCUUGGCCCAUUCGUUGCAAAUCUUCUCUCUGCAUUAUUCAUCAUCAUUGGAACUGCUCGACGACGAGCAGAAGCUCAAAGACAACACUCGUACAAAGAACAUCUUCGCGAACAAUGGAACGAAUAUAAACAACUUGUCAUCAGUCCUAUAAUUUUAGUUUUUCUAUCAACACCGCGUCUGAUCAUAUCUUUGUUAUCAGGAUGUGCCGAUGUCUCUAGUCAUACAUGGUUAUAUAUUUGUGGCUAUUUUGUUUCAUUCACACCAUCGAUACUGAUCUUCGUUGUAUUCGUUCUCCCAUCAAAUUCGUAUCGAAAAACUUUCAACGAAUCAUUCUUUCGAAUUUGUAAACAACGACGGUGA